UCGGUAUAUUUCUGAGGGUCAGGCGGUAUAUUUUAUCAACACUUGACGGCUAUUUCAGACGAAGAACGCGGCUAUAUUGUUAACACGCAGGACAGAAGUAAAUAGCCAGCAACAUGGAUCAAAUGCUCAGUCCAAACUUCUCCAUUCCGAGCAUUGGAACGCCGCUGCAUCAGAUGGAGGCGGAUCAACAGAUUAUAGCGAAUCCCGUUUAUCAUCCUCCGGCAAUACCACAGCCAGAAUCUGUAAUAUCCGCCCCAGUACCGGCGGCUGGACAACAGCAGCAACCAGAUGCCAGCAUCGCUACGACCGGCGGCAGUGGACUUUUUGGCCACGAACCAUCAUUGCCCUUGGCUCACAAACAAAUGCAGAGCUAUCCACCCUCAACGUCAUAUCAGCAGCAGCAGCAGCAACAGCACCAGGGACAACCUGCCGGGGGCAGUACACCGCAGUCUCUGAUGCAACCACAGACCCCACAGAGCAUGAUGUCCCACAUGAUUCCCAUGAGUGAGCGCAGUGCGUCUGGCGCUGGGGCGGGCGGAGACUCCCUCAGCAACAUACACCAGACCAUGGGCCCAGCUACGCCCAUGACGCCUGCAACGCCUGGCUCUGCAGACCCCGGAAUAGUUCCUCAGCUUCAAAAUAUUGUGUCCACAGUGAAUUUGUGCUGCAAGCUGGAUCUGAAAAAGAUUGCACUGCAUGCAAGAAACGCCGAGUACAACCCAAAACGUUUUGCUGCCGUCAUCAUGCGUAUCCGUGAGCCACGCACCACAGCCCUGAUCUUCAGCUCCGGCAAAAUGGUAUGCACCGGCGCCAAAAGCGAAGACGACUCCAGGCUCGCAGCGCGAAAAUACGCGCGCAUUAUACAGAAGCUGGGAUUUCCGGCAAAAUUCCUCGAUUUCAAGAUUCAAAACAUGGUUGGCUCGUGCGAUGUUAAGUUUCCCAUUAGACUGGAGGGCCUGGUGCUGACGCAUUGCAACUUCAGCAGCUACGAACCUGAGCUCUUCCCAGGUCUUAUCUAUCGUAUGGUGCGUCCGCGCAUUGUGCUCCUCAUCUUCGUCUCGGGGAAAGUGGUGUUGACGGGCGCAAAAGUUCGACAGGAGAUAUACGACGCCUUCGACAAGAUAUUUCCCAUAUUGAAAAAGUUCAAAAAACAGUCAUAAUCAGGUUAAGUAAUUAUUAGUUCUGUAAUGUGUGUGCGUCUAGGGAAAAUAGUUUUGUAAGUUAAAGCGUUUACUUCGCGUGUAUCUCUGAAUAAAACCAACUAGUUAGCUG